GCCUGGAAGCGCUGGUGCACUCAGAUCCUGUCUGCUCUCAGCUUCCUGCACUCCUGUGAGCCUCCCAUCAUCCACGGAAACCUCACCAGCGACACCAUCUUCAUCCAGCACAACGGGCUCAUAAAGAUUGGUUCAGUCUGGCACAGGGUGUUUGCCAACGCCCUCCCAGACGACCUGCGAAGCCCCAUCAGGAUUGAGAGGGAAGAGCUACGCAACUUGCAUUUCUUCCCGCCGGAGUACGGCCAAAAGGCUGACGGGACUGCUGUGGACAUCUUCUCCUUCGGGAUGUGUGCACUGGAGAUGGCAGUGCUGGAGAUCCAGACUAACGGGGACACACGAGUCUCAGAGGAGGCAAUCAUGCGGGCACGACGUUCUCUGGAUGAUCCCAACAUGCGG